AUGUCGCUAAUACGUUGGUUUGCAUUGGAAUCGAUACCGUAUAAAAAUCUAGAUCAUUUCGGCAAUUAUCUACGACAAACAAGACAAAUUUAUCAAUGUAGAAAAAUUAAUCAAUCAUGUGAAGCAUCUUUAUUGAUCAAUAAAUUAAUCUGGUUUCAAAUUCUACAAUUAAUACGUUAUGGAUUUCUUUAUGUAUGGCCAUUAUCCGAAGAAUAUCGUAUCAUUAUGUUUGAUAUAUUUCAUUUUUAUAAUAUGAGUAGUACAAUGAAUUUAUUGGCAAUUUUCUUAACAAUAUUGGGUAUUUAUCUUCUUAUAAAACUUUAUUAUCAAUUACCACCAAGAUUUUCAUUAUUAAUUGAUCGUAUUGUAUUCAAACGUGAUUAUCGUUUCUUUAUAAAUAAAAAUCAUAAACAAAACAAAAAUGUUUGUGAUUAUAUUCGUGGUAAAUUAUUGGAAUCAAUAAUACAAAAUCAAUUGUUUGUCUUUUUUUUAGAUCUAUUUGUACUAUAUUCACUUUAUAUGGGUAUUCAAUUUGUUACUUCAUUCGAACAUGAUUAUUUUCUAAUUAUCGAUCAUAAUUCAAUAUCAUCAUCAACAACAUCAGUAAUGUUAACCAUGGCUAAAUAUUUACAGGCUGCCCUAAAAAUAAUCAUAUUAUUUACCAAUAUAAUCGUAUUUGGUUGUGCAAAUUUUAUGAUGGCACAUUGUUAUAUGCUUCUGAUUUAUUUGUUUAUAUUUAUGGCCACUACAUUUUUCCUAAAAUUAGAUCAAGUUAAUAUGAUUUUAGAUAAGGAUAAAUUUUUAGCUUUAAAACAUCAAAAUAUUCUAAAUAAUCGACGAACAUUAUCACGUUUUCUUUAUUUACAUGGUAAAACAUUAGAUCAUAUUAAUCAUAUUAGUAAUUUUCAAUCCGAUCUAUUUACUAGUUAUAUAAUUGCAAAUUUACCAAUGAAUUUAUUAUUAAUUAUAACAACAUUUUUUCUACGUAAAAGUGAAGAAAUUGUAGCAAAAGGUUUAUAUUUUUUCUGUACACUUGUUAUUAUUCAACACUUUAUUGGAUUUUUUUUUGUUCAUCUAAUUUGUUCAAUUUUUACUGUACGAAUACAUAAAUGUUCAUUACCAUUAAUAUAUUGGUUUGUACAUAGUAAAUUUGCAUCAACAAGAUUACGAUUACGUUUAUGUUAUUAUAUUGAACGUAUGCAUAAUAAUAAACGUAUUGGAUUAACAUUAGGUGGUACACAUGUUAUUAGUAUUCGUUUCUUUAUUCAGGUAAAUUUAAUUAAUUGUUUUUAA